AUACGGCGCCCUCCGUUCCGAGGGCCUCCUCCGUUGCCGCCUGGCCUCUCUACCUCCUCCCGAGGCUGCUGUGACCUCACCCUCCACCCGCAUCGCCGCCUAGCCCCACCACCGCAUCCGUCCAUCCGUCCACCUCGGGCGACGGGCCCCUCCACCGCAGGCCGCGCCUCUGCUUUGCUUCCUUCGUGGACGACGGCUGGUAGCGGACUCCGCUCCCCCUCCGGCCCGGCCUCCCUAUAUAAGGCGCGGGACUGCGGGGCCUGUGCGAGGUUGAGGACAGGAUAAAUACUCGCGCUCUGUGAGGAGGAGGAGGAGGAGGAGGAGGAGGAAGAAGAAGAAGAAGAAGGGCGUCGUCGGUCGGUCGUCUGCGCGCGCCGGCCGUGCCGAUCGGUCGCUGGCCAGCCAUGGCCGUCGAGGCGCACCACCUGCUCCACGCGGGAGGAGGGGCGGGAGGGCAGAGGCAGCUGCUGGCGCCCCACGCGGGAUGGGCCUGGGCGGCGGGCGACGCCGCGUGCCGCGAGCCGCCGGCGAGCGCGGCGCGGCAGGGGCAGCGGAGACCCGUCACGGGCCAGCAGCAGCAGCACAGGUUCCAGCACCCGUGCGCGGCCACCCCGGUCGCGGCGGCGGGGCCGCAGCUUGUCGCGCCGCCGGGGCGGUACGCGCCCGGGCCGCAGCUGUGCGCGGCCGACGCGUCGGAGAGCGGCGUCACGUUCGGAGGUGGAGGCGGCGCGCGGCAGGAGGCGCUGGCGGCGGCGGCGGCGGCGACCAGGAAGCGGAAGCGCGCCGGCGAGGGGCAGGCGGCGCAGGCGCUCGGGAUCGCCGCGGCCGACGUGGCGGCGCACUUCCAGCAGCAGCUGGUCGACGUCGACGGCCUCGUGCUCCAACACACCUCCAAGAUGUGGGUGGAGCUGAGGGAGCAGCGCCGGCGGCACGCCGGGCAGGUGGUGGCCGCCGUGGAGGCCGCGGCGGCGAAGCGGCUGCGCGCCAAGGGCGAGGAGAUCGAGCGGAUCGGCCGCCUCAACUGGGCGCUGGAGGAGCGGGUCAAGAGCCUCUACGUGGAGGCGCAGGUGUGGCGCGACCUGGCGCAGUCCAACGAGGCCGCCGCCAACGCGCUCCGCGGCGAGCUGCAGCAAGCGCUCGACGCCCAGCAGGCGCGCUGCGGCGUCGUCCUCGCCGGCGACGCCGAAUCGUGCUGCUGCGGGGAGAACGACGUCGCCGGCGGCACCGGGGCCGUCAACGAGGGGGAGGAGGACGAGGCAGGGACGACGUCGGGGAGGAGGAUGUGCACGAUGUGCGGCGAGGGCGCGGCCGAGGUGCUGCUGCUGCCUUGCCGGCACCUGUGCGCGUGCGCGCCGUGCGCGGGCGCGGCGCGGGCGUGCCCGGCGUGCGGGUGCGCCAAGAACGGCAGCGUCUGCGUCAACUUUUCGUGAUCCCUGUGAAAUGAAAGCAAAUAGUAUUAGAGUAGGUUCUGCUCUCCUCUGUUUUUUUUGUGUGUUUUGUUGAUGGGAGGAUGAUAGGUGCGACGGUAGUGACGUGGAUAUGAGAGGGGUGCAUCUUUGUAGCUUUUUCUCAAGCGGUUGGAUCUAUAUUGAUCAACAAGGGAAAAAAAAGAGGGAGAGAAGAAAAUCAGAAACCUUGCAUCUCCUUUGCUUCA